UGUGAGAAAAAAUACAACAUGAAAAUGAUUAUGUGCUUAAUUUUAUUAAUUUUUACAAUUGUUGGUGCACAAAAUCCUGCAGAAUCUAGCAGUAACAAUUUUUUUCCUUAUUACAAUACAAAGACUGCUUAUGAAAACGUUCAUGGUAAAAUCACAAAACCUAAUUCGGAUUGCAAACCAGUACAAAUAUGGAUGCUUAUACGACAUGGAACACGAUAUCCAAAGGAAAAACAUUUGGCUAAAUUUAUAAAGUUGAAAAAUGUACAAGCUGAAAUCCUUCAGAAUCAUAAAAAUAAAGCUGGUCAAUUAAAUCUUAAGACCUUACAAGCAUUAAGCAAAUGGAAAUUAGAUCCAAAUGUUAAUGAAAGGACGGCUGCAAUUUUAACGCCUGGAGCAGAAAAAGAUAUUCGUUCUUUAGCCAAGCGUUUACAAUCUGCGUAUCCAGAUCUUCUAAAUGUUAACACUAAAAAAAUUAAGUCUACUGAUUAUAUAUUUCGGGCGACUAAUACUCCACGUACUCGGGAUACUUUAAAUUUCUUUCUUACCACUCUUUUUGGUAAUUCCAAUAUUAUUACUCCUGCACAACCAUUGGCCGAAGAUACACUUUUAACGCCAUUCAAGUAUUGUUCAGAAUGGAAAUUUAGCCCUGAAGCAACACACUCUAAGGAUGAAAAAAAAAAAUUUCAAAAUGGUCCUGAAAUAAAGAAUUUAAAGAAUACUAUGACUAAGAGACUUGGAUUUAAUCAUACAAUUGAAUUCGAUAUUAUAGAAACGAUACAUAAAAUGUGUGGCUUUGAAAUAUCCUGGUAUUCGAAAAAGCAAUCAAUUUGGUGUGCAUUGUUUACUGUCGAUGAAUUAAAACUUCUUGAGUUUUAUCAAGAUCUAACAUCAUAUUACCGUGUUGGUCCUGGUCGCCCAAUGAGUGCUAAAUUUGGUUGUAGAAUGGUAAAAGACAUGUUGCAACAUUUCAAGAAAAUUGAAACAGGAAAAAGCACUAAUGAACCUAAAGGUAUUUUCUAUUUUGGACAUUCGUCAAGCAUUCAGAUAUUUUUAAGUGCAUUUCAAAUUGGUAAAGAGCCAAAACUUACAUCAACAUCUUAUAAUUCUAUUGAAAAUAGAGCAUACCGUACUUCUCUCUUAGUACCAUUUACAACAAAUAUCAUCGCUACACUUUAUGAGUGUUCAGGAAAAAUAUUGACCUUUAAAGUCAUGUUUCAUGUAGCUGAGAAUAUGACACCUAUACCGGAUUGUCCUGACGGAUUUUGCGAUUGGAAACAAUUGCAAAAGAAACUAAAACCGUUACUGGAUCAAUGCAAUUAGAUUACUGUUUUAUCAGAAUUGUAGUCGAUUUGUCAGUUGAUA